UAUUUUUUUUUAAAAAGUGAAUUGGAAAGGUAAGUGUGGUGGGAGGGCAGUAAGAGAAUGGGGGUGGUGAGAAAGGGGGACAGCCUUGUGCCCCACUGGAGGUGGCAGGAGCUCCCGGUGUGAUGCACAUGGGACAGAGCAAAAGGCUGCACAAGCCCCUCAUGGGUGCUCUUGGCUUGUGCUGCCUUGAGGUGUGUAAAGAGGUGGGGAGAAAAAGACUCUUGAACCAUAAGAAAAGCAACUUUUCAGUGUGAUUUGAAAACCACGACUCUUGCUGGCUUAUGGAGGCCGUUUAUUUAACUUCCUAUAAAACAGGAAAACCUACAAAGUAGCUGUAAUGUGGGGGUCCCUCCAUCUUCUGUGGGAGCUGGUGUCUUACAGCCACAGAGGUUUUUUUUUCCCUUGGCACUGCUAUGUACCCCUGAGACAAGGCUGAAAGAGUGAGAGGGGAAAUGGGGAUUUUUUAGACACAUUCUGAAAGACGUUUUGAAAGCUCCGCUUUUAUUCUGUAGUGGUUAGAAAAUCCCCAGACAGACCCAGAAGGAAGGGCUGAUCCUCCAUUUGGAAACUAGGAUUGUGUUAGUUGGGUUUGUCCUGUUUGCUUACACAGAGGAGGGAUGCCUCAGGAAAACCUUCAGGGUCACUGAAGAAGAGAUGGAUGCUGGUACAUUUUAACAUUGUGGCAUUUUAUUUUGUUGCCUUUUUUGUUACUUUUGCCAUUUUCAAAUUUGGAAUAAAAUCUCUUAGUUUUGCUAUGAUUAAGUCUGCCCCUUUGACUUGUCAGAUACUUAGAGGGAUCUCAGUUGCAGCAACAUAAAAACAAUGGUAUCUCCAGAAGCUGAAUGAUGGAGCUGUGUGGAUUAAACACUUACAAUGUUUGUGCUGAAGGACAGAUGUCACUUUAGGGGUGGAAAAGUCAAGUGGCAGGACCUGGAAGAAAGCCUGACCUGGCUUAUGUUUUCUCUCAGAUCUGCGGCAGAUAGCAGGGGGGCCGGAAAUCCCACUUACUCACAUGGGAUCGUUCCGGAGAAGCUGGAUGUUGUCAGACAGGAGAGGUCCAGACACUGGUGGGAAGAGGGCCUGGAACAGCUCCUGGAAGGAUGAAAAAAAGCGCUGUUCUCGGGAUCUGUGACGGAGCGUGGCGGUGGCUGCCAGCCCUGUGCUCCUGCAUCACCGUGAAGCUCCAGGAGGGAGGGCGGAGGUAUUAACGUGUGAAAUUGCAGCGAGAAGGAAAUACUUCCUCACGCAGCUUGCAGUGGUUUUCUCGCAGUUGAACUGUCCCACGCGGGGGCCGUGGGGCUGCGGUACAACACUCCAUCGCCGGCCACCCACACGGGUGACCGGAGCCUCCCCGUUAGCACCGGCCACGGCUUCUUCGGGGGGAAAGCAGAGACUCCCCGUUCCCUGCGGCGAGCCCGGGGCUGUAAUCGAAGUACAAGAUGGCAAAAACCAGCCAUAGCAACUAUGUCCUUCAGCAGCUAAACAAGCAAAGAGAGUGGGGCUUUCUGUGCGACUGCUGCAUCGCUAUCGAUGAUAUUUAUUUUCAAGCACAUAAAGCAGUCCUUGCUGCCUGCAGCGCCUAUUUUAGGAUGUUUUUUAUGAACCAUCAAAACACUACAGCCCAGCUGAAUCUAAGCAACAUGAAGAUUAGCGCUGAAUGCUUUGAUCUUAUUUUACAAUUCAUGUAUUUAGGAAAAAUUAUGACAGCCCCUGCCAAUUUUGAGCAAUUUAAAGUGGCCAUGAACUAUUUACAGCUAUAUAACGUACCCGAGUGUCUAGAAGAUAUACAGGAUACAGACUCAUCUAGUUUAAAAUGUUCAUCUCCUGCUUCUAGCACCCAGACUAGUAAAAUGAUAUUUGGUGUGAGAAUGUAUGAAGACGCACUUGCUAGAAAUGGCAGCGAAGCAAACAGGUGGGGCAUGGAGCCACCAAGUUCAACGGUAAAUACAUCCCAUAACAAAGAGCCUGAGGAAGAAACUUUGCACCUCAACAGCUUCCCCGAGCAACUGUUUGAUGUCUGCAAAAAAAGCACCACGUCCAAAUUCUCUCACACGAAAGAGCGCGUGUCACACUCGCGCCGGUUUGGAAGGAGCUUCACCUGCGACAGCUGCGGGUUUAGUUUUAGCUGUGAAAAGCUAUUGGAUGAGCACGUGUUAACAUGCACCAACAGGCAUUCCUACCAAAGUGCCAGGUACUACAGUGCUGAGAAAAUAGACUUUAGUGAAAAGAACUCUACUUCUAAAAUGAUGUCCACACAAACAGAAAAAUACAAGGGGGACUCGAACCAUGCUGCGGACGAUUCAUCGUCUCCCGUGUCAAACAUCACAAGCAGAAAAAGCAGCACUGUUGCCUCUGAGACCUCAGGUGAAGAAGGAAGUAGAGCCUCUGAGAGGAAGAGGAUUAUCAUCAAGGUGGAGCCAGAGGACAAUCCUACAGAUGAGCUGAAGGAUUUUAAUAUUAUCAAGGUGGCAGAAAAAGACUGCAAUGAGUCUUCUGACAAUGAUGACCUAGACGAUGAACAGGAAGAGCCGCUUUACAGAUACUACGUCGAGGAAGAGAUGAGAGAGAAGAGAAAUGCUCGGAAGACUCUAAAGCCUCGUUUAUCCAUGGAUGAGGAUGAAAGAAAGUGUUUGAAAAGUCCACGGCACCUUAACAGCAAGGCUUCUUCAGUGCAGGAAGAUGUGGAGAAUGCUCCCUGUGAACUCUGUGGGCUAACAAUCACUGAGGAAGAUCUGUCCUCUCAUUAUUUAUCCAAACACAUAGAAAAUAUAUGUGCUUGUGGCAAGUGUGGUCAAAUACUGGUCAAAGGCAAGCAGCUACAGGAUCAUGCACAGACCUGUGGAGAACCCCAGGAUCUGACCAUGAACGGGAUCAGAAAUUCUGAGGAGAAAAUGGACUUGGAAGAAAACCCCGAGGAGCAGUCAGAAAUAAGGGACAUGAUGUUUGCAGAGAUGCUAGAGGACUUCAGGGACAGUCACUUCCAAAUGAACAGCCUUCAAAAAAACCAGUUAUACAAGCAUUCUGCCUGUCCUUUCCGAUGCCCUAAUUGCGGCCAGCGUUUUGAUACUGAAAACCUAGUGGUUGAACAUAUGUCAAACUGCCUGGAGCAAGAUCUGUUCAAGAACUCCAUGUUGGAAGAGAACGAGAGGGAUCACAGACGUAAGCAUUUCUGCAACCUUUGCGGGAAAGGAUUUUAUCAGCGUUGCCACUUGCGGGAACACUAUACCGUUCAUACCAAGGAAAAACAGUUUGUUUGUCAGACAUGUGGGAAGCAGUUCUUAAGAGAGCGCCAGUUGCGGCUCCACAAUGAUAUGCACAAAGGCAUGGCCAGUAGUGAAAUAGGGACUUCUAAGCUUCUGAACAACUGAGAGAACCAGAUUUGGAGAAGACAUGAGGAAGAACUGGUCGGCAAAAGAUUUCAUAAAAACUCAGAACCUCGUGUGCCAGAUCUGAAUUGGCACCACCUUUGCUUUUUUGACAUACUGCAGCAUUCGCAAAAGGCACCAAAGCAGUCAAAUUAGAACAUGCAGUAAAAGUUGUUUUGGACUCUUCUAUGUACCAUAAAUCUUACUUCCUUGUGACUAUUACUUACAGCUGUGCAAAACAAAUUUGAAGUCUUUCAUGGAGCAGACAGCCAAAAGAGGCAGAUGCCAGGUGUAAGGGCUGCACUGAAAUGAAUUUGCAAAAUUUCAUUCACACGCUGGAGUGCUCCUUUUCUGAAACGCGGCUUCUUAGAGUUGCUGGCAAAAACUCUGUAGAUUUUUUAGUUCAAACAUUAUAAGUGUAUACUCAUGCACAAUGCUAAACUAUCAAGUGUUUAAAAAGAAAGGAAAAAAAAAGAGUAAGAGGUGAAAAAAAAUCUUAAAAACUGAGGACAGAGGGUCCCUGAGAAAGGACAGGAUGGUGAGAGAGAUCCAGCUACAUGAUUUCCCCUGCUGCCAUGAUCAUCAUUUGCAAGCUGAAGAGGACCUUCCUUGGAGCACAGUGCUUGUAUGUGGAGAGUAAAGAAAUGGUGCUCUGGUCUUUUAAAAAGAAUGGUGACAAUUUUUUACCAACAAGGAGAUGAGUAAAUGUAAAAUAAUCUUCACAGGGCUCAGGGUGCACCUUGUUCUGGAGCUAAGCCUUGCAAAAGCUGGCUCGAAGAAGAGAAUCAGAUGUUCAUGUUCAUAUUUGAACAUUUUAGGAAUAGUAAUGUUUCCAGAUAAAUUAAUGGGAGAGGGAAAAACCCGAACUAAAAGAGCAAUAAGGCAGUAAAUGUUUCAAAUUAGGGCAAGCAUGAAUUAUAAAAAUAUCAAUAUCUUUUGCUUCCCUCAGACAGGGAAUCAAAUUAAGACAUGUAAGCAGACUAAACAUGCUGAUUAUAUUCUGCUGUAGUUACGUAUCUUACUAAUUCUACUCAUGAUUAUAAAAGGAUGUUUAAUUGUUCACUAUAACUGUUAUCUCAAGAAGAGUCUGUCUAUAAUUUUAUUUAUAAUUGGCAUCAUUUUCAUUACUGUUGUUACAAAGUGUGUAAAAUAUUGUCUGUAUUGCAGCUUGUAUAGGGCAUGUGUCUGUGCUUGCUUUACUCUUUUUGAGUUUAUAAAGUUACUAUACGAAUGCAAGAAAAGA